AUGGGUGCAGAACUGAGUGACACCUAUGCUCCUGAUAAUGACAAACUUCGUCAUUGUAUCAUACGAGGAUGGAGUAAUUAUCCAACACUUGGUUUCACUCUUAAACCAACAGUCGAACCACCAUUUAUUAUUCAACAUGUUGAGUCGAUUAGCCCAGCAGCUGCUGGUGGUCUCCGAGUACGUGAUGUUAUUCUUGCUGCUAAUGGUCAAAAUGUAUUUAUGAUCAGUUUUGAUAAAUUAAAAAAUAUUAUAAAAAAUGUACGAUCUAGUAAUGAUCAUAUUGAAUUACUUGUUAUGGAAGAACGUUCUUAUAACACAUCACAACAAUAUAAUCGAUCGAUUAAUACCAAACUCGCGAAAAUCAUAGAAACACCAUCAACAAUGCCCAAUGAUUAUCAAAGCUUUCCAAAACAUCAACCACGUACGUGUAACAUACAUUUAAGUGAAAGCAAUUCAUCGUAUGGUUUUGGCACUGUAAAUCCUCUAACAAAUGUUGGUAUGAUCGUUCAAGAAGUAUAUCCAAAUUCAUCGGCUAGCAACACAUCAUUACGUAAAUGUGAUCGAAUUCUUGAAAUUGAUAAUCAAUUUGUUGAUAAUCUGCCUAGUAGAAUUAUUACACAAAAAUUACGUCAAGCAAAAUUAAAGCAUCAUGUAAAAUUAUAUGUUGUUGAUACGGAGACCUAUGAAUUUUUUCAAUCCAAUAAUAUACCAUUACAAUCGAAACCAUAUCAGCAAAGUCUACGCGCGAAUAAAUCAUCAACAAAUCUAAUUACUGAUCAAGAUGAAGUUCUUAUAGAUGAUGGAUUGGUUUCAAGACCCAAUAUUGAUAAUUUUCAGUCACAUUAUCAAGAUGAUCAAGAUGAAUUUUCUAUUCCAACUUCAACUAAUAAUAAAAUUUUGGAUUCAUCAGUUGAUGUUUGCAAAGGUGAUCUGAUAACACAACGGACAGAUGUUAUAGUUAUAUGUUCAACAUCAAAGUAUUUAUUUAACAGCAUUUGUAAAGCUGGUGGAGAUUCAGUGUUAAUUUCAUACAACGCACAACUCACGAAAAAUUCUGAAGCUUCACUUAUUGCCGUUAAAGCUGGUGGACAACUUGCAUCAAAAAUGAUAUAUUUUCUUCCAUGGAAAGCAAAUUCUGAUGAAUCUAUUCUUUGUAAAUCCAUUGAAAAUUUUGUUUCGGAUGCCUUAGAAGAAGCAGUGAAACAUAACUAUCGAAGUAUUGCAUUCCCAGCUAUUGGUUGUGGUCAGUUCGGUUGUUCAAUUAGUCUUGUUGCACGUGCUAUGGUGGAAGAAGUUUAUCGUCAAUUAAACAUGCAUCAAAUAUCAGUUUCAUUUGUAAUACAACAAGAUAGAACGGAUAUCUAUGAUGAAUUUAGACAUCAGAUUAAUUCAUUGAAGUCUAUACAACCAUCAUUAUCUGAUAAAUUUCGAACAAUACAUGCAACAUUUGAAAAAGGAGUAAUUGCAGUUGAAAUGGGAGAUAUUACAAAGGAAAAGGUAUUAAAAAAAACUAACGUUAUUAUUGGUAGUUCAUCAUCAAACAUUUUAAGAAAAGAAAUACUUAAGGCAGCUGGCAAGGAAAGUCAAACGGCGUAUGAUACCGAAUUAAAAAAUCAUCCAAAUUCUGUAUUAAUGACAAUAACAUCAGGAAAUUUACCCUGUAAACAAAUAUUUUUUGUGAAAUGGAAACCUAAUAAUGAUGAAAAGAUACUUCAACAAUCUCUUGGUGAUCUUAUAUCUAGUGUCGUACAAAAUGCGAUAUCACAUAAAUUUACGUCGAUUGCAUUUCCAGCUAUUGGAUGCGGAGCACAUGGUUGUUCAGUUGAUAUUGUAGUUAAAACAAUGGUCAUAGAAAUGAAAAAGCAUCUUAUUGAAAGAAAAUUAUCUUGGACAGUAAAAUUUGUUGUGCGACGUGACCAAGAAAAUGUUUAUGAUGAGUUUUGUCAACAAGUAUUAACAACAGAUGAUGGUCUUCAGAAACCAAAGAUUUAUCAUCUUCCAUCAACAUGGGAGAAGUUAAUGGAACAUAAAAAUCGCUUUAUAUUGCCCAUCAACAAAGCUGAAUACACAUCAAUCGUUGGUAGUUUUGCUCAGUCAAUGAAAGGAAAAUAUAAAGAAAUAAUAAAAAUCGAACGAAUUCAAAAUGUACGAUGGUAUAUGCAAUAUUUAGCACAUAAAGAAGAUUUUGAAAAACGUCUUUGCGAAGAUACGGAAAAACGUUUAUAUCACGGUUGUCCUGAACAAGCCGCUAAUUCAAUUAUCGAAGAGUGUUUUAACAGAAGUUUUGCUGGAGUGAAUGGAAUUCGUUAUGGCUUGGGUGUUUAUUUUUCAUCGAAUGCAACAUAUAGCCAUGGAUUUACUAAAACAAACACAAACGAAGAACGAUGUAUAUUUAUAGCACGAGUUCUGAUAGGAAAGACCACGAAAGGAGAUAGUUCAAUGAAAACUCGACCACUUGGAUUUGAUUCAACCACUGAUGGAGAUCAUAUUUUUGUUACAUAUCAUGAUGCUCAAGCAUAUGCUGAAUAUUUGAUUACAUACAAAUGA